CCGGAAAGGGAGGUGGACGCGGCGCUGACCUCGCACCUCCUCCGUUGCAGCUUCCUAGGUUCGCAGUAACUCUAUCCAUGGCUCCCGUAACCCUGUCGCACACUCAGCGCCGCUUCAGUCGCUGAUAAACCCGAUCCCCCGCGCCGCUUCCUCUUUCCUUCACCAUGCAGGCCUUUGGUGAGCAAUGUCAACGCGGCGGCUGCGCACCGUCGCCUUUGCGGCGCACACGCUCACGAUCCCAGUGCCCAAGAAUCGCCGUCCCAAGUUCGACCUGCACCUGAGGAUCGUCGACCUCAACAACGUCCCGCUCACGUCGGGCACGUCGUUCGUGAAAUGGCACCUCCCGCUGUCGACGGCCGCCGAGCACCGCGGUAGGACAGACCACUGUCCAAUCAGCGAACACAAAGUGCAGUACAACUAUGACGCUACGCUGCCCGUCCGCCUCACGGUCGACAAGAACGGGAUGCUGCAGGAGAGCUUUAUCGACUUCGAGGUCGUCCAGGAGUACGCCAGCUCCGGCAGAGGCGAGCGUAUCACGCUGGGCAGCGUCAAACUCAACCUGGCCGAGUACGUGGAGCAGAGCGAGCUCACCGCGGCACUGGGUGAGGAUCCAGGCGUGACACGGCGGUACUUGAUGCAGGACAGCAAGAUCAACAGCACCCUCAAGCUCGGCAUCUACAUGCGCCAGACCGAGGGCGACAAGAACUUCAUUGCGCCCGCCCUGAAGACAGCCCAGGGGUUCAGUGGUAUUGCCGGCAUUAUGGCUGGCGAGCAGGCAGAGCUCGAGGAGAGCGGCGCUGCACCGUCACUCACGAGCAAGUCGAGGGACGCGAGCGAGCUGCAAGACAUGUAUCGGCGCACCCUCGCAGCAUACUGGUCUGCGCAGCCGGGCGAGCUCAAGGCGGACGAGUGCAUAGAGGACAUCUUCGCCGGUGGCGACGGCUGGGGCGACCGUGCAAAGCCAUACUCCCCACAGCGCGGCGCUAUUCGUUUCACAACAGUCGCCACAGGCGACAGCAGCGCGUCUGUGAGUGGAGAUGAGCGGCUAGGAGACCGGCGGAUGAUGCGCAAGUCGCAGGAUACAUUGCGCGCCGGAAGUGCAUACUCGGGCUCGCCUAAGAAGCACGUCCGCGGCAGGGGGAGUUUGGAGCAGCAGGCGCAUCACAUGAAGGCUGAGGCGGAGCGCAAACGGCACCGUCCUCACCACGAAGUCGAUGAGUUUGAGCUGCGGCACGAUCUGUGCAGCUGGAAGCGGCCUAUAUAAAAUAUGUUCACAAUAAUGCAAAGAUAUUCGACGCUUGCCUUGCGAUCAGACCCGAUUGCGAUGACGCGCCUGGCACGUGAAGUCGCGCGUGUGCAGCGGCAGAAUUAUUCACGGUAGGCGGUCAACGAAAGUUCACAUCUGCAGCACUCGCGUCGAAUCU